AAAGUGCAAACUCGACUUCAUGUUGCGACUCGCAUCCUUCGCCUCGCGUGCUCCCGCCACCGCCCGUCACUUCAGCUCCAAAACCUUGGAGUACAUCAAGACGGACGUGAAUGGCAAAGUGGGAAUCAUUACAUUGAACCGCCCCAAGCAACUGAACGCGUUGUGCGAUGGCUUGAUCAACGAACUGAAUGCAGAAGCAAAGAACUUCGACAAGGACCCCAACAUUUCCGCGAUCAUUGUGACCGGCAGCGACAAAGCGUUUGCAGCUGGCGCCGACAUCAAGGAGAUGGCAACGCGCGAGUUCAUUGAAGUGUACAACACGACCAUGUUUGCCAACUGGGGCGACAUUGCUAAGAUCCAAAAGCCAGUGAUUGCGGCCGUGAACGGCUUCGCGUUGGGCGGCGGGUGCGAACUCGCCAUGUUGUGCGACAUGAUCAUUGCGGGCGACACGGCUAAGUUCGGCCAGCCGGAAAUCAAGCUCGGCACGAUUCCUGGGUGCGGCGGCACCCAGCGGCUGAUCCGCGCGAUCGGCAAGUCGAAAGCAAUGCAUUUGAUCUUGACGGGCGAUUUGAUCGACGCCCACCAAGCCGAGCGCGACGGCCUCGUGGCCAAGGUCGUGCCUGCCGCCAACCUUCUCGACGAAGCGCUGGCCGUGGCCAACAAGAUUGCCACGUACUCGCAGCCGAUUACCCGCAUGGCCAAGGAAGCUGUGAACGCGUCGUACGAAAUGAGUCUGCAGGAGUCCGUCAAGUACGAAGCGCGCCUGUUCUACGGCAGUUUUGCCACCCACGACCAGAAGGAAGGCAUGGCUGCGUUCGUGGAGAAGCGCAAACCCAACUUCAAAAACGAAUAACCUGGGGAACGGUGGUUUUUUGCAUGAAUAAAUCUCCCAUUUAUUACUGGUAUUUGCAGAAUUGCAGUUAACACUAACGUUGCCGUAUAAUCCCCGC